AUGAGAAGAGAACUAACGGAAGACGAAAAGAUAAGGAUAGUAGCCAACAGAGCCGAAGCACUUCGAAGGGCAGAGGAACGAAAACGACGAGAAGCUCUAGCUGCUGCUGCUGUUGCUAUUGCUGCUGGUCCAAGUGGAAAGGCAAGUGUGCCGCGUCACCAAGGAUUUUCUAUCACCAUCCCACAGGUGAUUUUGUUUAAUUCUCUAAGUUUAGUCUUUCAAUUCUACUACUACUACUACUACUACUACUACUACUACUACUACUACUACUACUACUACUACUACUACUACUACUCCUACUAA